CUCUGUACUACGUGACAAGUUUACUGAAACUAUGGCAGAAACUGCUCCUGCUCCCGCGGCUGCUCCAGCCAAAGCCCAAAAGAAGAAGGCGGCAAAGGCGAAAAAGCCUGGACCAAGCGUGUCAGACCUUAUCGUGAAGGCGGUUGGCGCUUCCAACGAGCGCAGAGGAGUUUCUCUGGCGGCUCUGAAGAAGGCUUUGGCAGGUGGUGGAUAUGACGUUGAGAAAAACAACUCUCGCGUCAAGAUUGCUUUGAAAUCGCUGGUGAAAAAGGGGGCGCUUGUUCAAACUAAAGGCACCGGGGCAUCCGGAUCUUUCAAGGUGAGCAAGAAACCAGCCGCCAAGAAGCCCGUUAAGAAAGUUGUGGCGAAACCGAAGAAACCAGCCGUGAAGAAGAAGAAGGCGGCGGCCAAGGCGGCGAAGCCCAAGAAGGCACCAGUAAAGAAACCUGCCCCGAAGAAGUCUCCCAAGAAAGUGAAGAAACCGGCUGCGCCCAAGAAAGCCGCCAAAAGCCCGAAGAAAGUGAAGAAACCGGCUGUGAGGAAAGUUGCAAAGAGUCCUAAGAAGGUCAAAGCAGUGAAGCCGCAAAGCCCAAGGCGAAGAAGACGGCCGCUAAGAAGAAGUAGACUGCCAGACUUCACUCCAUAAACCAAAGGCUCUUGUAAGAGCCACCCCAUCUUCACAAAAGUGCAAAUGUUCCUAACGCAUGUAAGAAGGUUAAUGCCUUUUUAAUAGACUGAGAAAAUGUUUUUUGAGUGGGAUGUGUGACACUUUCUGUGUUUUUCUUGUUGGAUAGGGUCUUAUUGCUUAUAAAUAUCACCAGCGCGAACGAGCAGCACAGAUAUACUUCUGUAAAAGAUCGGUUUGUAUAAACACAUGACAGUCUACCUCUGUACCUGAUGCACAAAGCCGAUUAUUUGCUGUAGCUUUUCAAUCCUUCACAGAUUAGACAGAAGAGUCCGCUGGUUGGAAAGUGUCCGAAAUGUCAUUCAUAGUUAGUUCAUCGUGUGCACGUACGUGAGAGCUUAUGUGACUAAACAGGAUGAGUGUUUUAUCACUGUCACCAAUUCGUGUAAUAUUUAUAUUUUGUAUAGGAUUAUACUAGACUUUCCUGUAAAUAUAGCAAUACAGAACACACAUUUAAUUUAUUCAUUGUUAAUGGUUUGUUGAAUGUUACUACAAAAGGCAAGAUUCCAUCAGUUGUUGUUUAUUUUACAUUUUUUUGUAUACUAUUGUUCUUAACAUUUACUCAUAAACCUAUAUUUUGUC